CGGGCCAAGAUGGAGGCUGCGGUGGCCGUCUGUGGAGACCGCCUUUAGGGCAUCGAAUGCGGUACGACGGCUACGUACGUCGGCGUCGGCGUCGGCGUCGCUGAGCGAGGAUGGCAUCGGUGGCAGCCUGGCUCCCGUUCGCGCGGGCGGCCGCCAUCGGCUGGGUGCCGAUCGCCAACAACCCGCUGCCGGCGCCGCCAGUCAGCAAAGAGAGACGGAGACGCGAGGACGAAAAGUUCACCAUCAAUGUGAGCGGACGGCGAUUCGAGACGUGGAGGAACACUGUGGAGAAGUUCCCGGACACCCUGCUGGGCUCCAACGAACGCGAGUUCUUCUACGACGAAGAGACGCGCGAGUAUUUCUUCGAUCGGGAUCCGGACAUCUUCCGGCAUAUCCUCAACUACUACCGCACGGGAAAACUGCACUACCCGAAACACGAGUGCCUCAUGGCUUACGACGAGGAGCUGGCCUUCUUCGGCAUCGUACCGGACGUCAUCGGCGACUGCUGCUACGAGGACUACAGGGACAGAAAGCGAGAGAACGCAGAGCGAAUGCUAGACGACAAGGUGUCCGAGGGCACCGAAGCCGCCGUGCUGGCCGGCUCCACUAUCCGGCAACGGAUGUGGCGCGCCUUCGAGAACCCCCACACGGGCACGGCGGCCCUCGUCUUCUACUACGUAACGGGCUUCUUCAUUGCCGUCUCUGUCAUGGCGAACGUCGUGGAGACUAUCCCAUGCGGACACGACAACCGCGUCCGAGAGACACGCUCCUGUGGUGAGAGCUACAAGGUAGCCUUCUUCUGUCUGGACACUGCUUGUGUCAUGAUAUUCACUGCUGAGUACUUGCUGCGCCUGUACGCUGCCCCAAACAGAUGCAAGUUCAUGCGUAGCGUCAUGAGUAUAAUCGACGUGGUGGCCAUCAUGCCAUAUUACAUCGGACUGGGCAUCAAGGACAACGACGACGUAUCCGGAGCGUUUGUUACGCUACGGGUCUUCCGAGUGUUUCGCAUCUUCAAGUUCUCGCGCCACUCGCAAGGUCUGCGCAUCCUGGGCUACACGCUCAAGAGUUGCGCCUCCGAGCUGGGCUUCCUAGUUUUUUCGCUCGCCAUGGCCAUCAUCAUCUUUGCCACCGUCAUGUUCUACGCCGAGAAGAACGUGAGCGACACCACCUUCACCAGUAUCCCAGCUGCCUUCUGGUACACCAUUGUCACCAUGACCACCUUAGGAUACGGGGACAUGGUACCUGACACCAUCACCGGCAAAAUUGUGGGCGGUGUUUGCUCCCUAAGUGGAGUGCUUGUGAUCGCCCUUCCUGUACCUGUCAUUGUCUCCAACUUCUCCAGGAUAUACCAUCAAAGUCAGCGGGCUGACAAGAGAAAAGCUCAGAAGAAAGCACGAAUGGCGAGAAUCCGCAUCGCAAAGGCGACAAGCGGGGCAGCCUUCGUGAGCAAGAAGAAAGCCGUCGAAGCCAAACUGGCUGCUCAAGAGAGCGGCCAAGACGUCGACGACGGACCGGAGGAUAUCUUCGAGCUCCAACAUCAUCAUUUGCUCCGAUGCCUGGAGAAGACCACGGACCGAGAGUUCGUGGAGCUGGAGGUGCCGUACAACGGGCAACCUAACCGACCGUCGUCUACACCUCCGUUGUCCCCGGCUCCUUCGGUGGGCUCAGAAGACAAGUCCCUUCUACAAUCCUGCUGUGGACGUAGAUGUUCCAAGAAAAAGUACCAGCAACAAGGCAGCGCUCACUCAGACCAAGACGAGGAACUGAACGACAUCCAAGUGCGGCUACCAAACCGGACGCCUCCUCUAGAACCACAGCCGCACCACCCUCCGCCGGGGCCAUCACCGCCUCAGCACCACAUCGUCACCAUGACGCGCUCCAGUCUCAACAAUCCCGCACCGUUGGUGACGACAAUGACGUCAUCAAUCCCCGGUGGUGCAUCGAUGGCCGUUACCACGGCUGUGGUUAACUUUCCCGCGCCCAGCAUUGGCCAAUCGUCCGAUGGGGCCGCUGAGUCUGGCGGAACCGCUGCCGGUGGGUGCUGUCCGUCGUCGACGACAUCCACAACGGCAUCGGCAGCAGUAGGCGGGUCUGCUGUGGGAGGGGUUCGCAUUUCGACUCUGUGAUGAUGAAAGGUUACCCUAGAAAUGCUUUUUUCAAUUUGAUAAGGAAAUACCGCCCAACAAGGUCUCGUCACCUGCCGCGAGAUGUCGCUCUCUUCCUUUGAGAAGGAAUGUCGUCUAAUGACCUUAGCUCAACACACAAAUGUUUCCCUACGACGUACAAAGCAACGCUACGCGAUCGUUACACACAAUGUUGUUUCGUAGCCUCGUUUAUUCUCGCCUCCAACGCUCUUACGCGAGAACUGCAAUUUCUUGGUGAUAUUUCCAGAGUUCGGUGCAGCCCACUCAGCGGGAUCACGACGUGAGGGCUAGUUUGCUUGCCUUUAAACGAUGAAACGCGAAAUUGCCAGACACCGGCCACGGUUUCCCAAGCUUGCGUGUUGUACGAUUUAGCCCAAUGUACAAUAGAUAGUCAUACUGACGCUUGGCGUACUUAAUGUCAUCAGUUGUUCUGAGGCAUAGCUAACUCGGUGAUUCACUCGCUGAUUCGCUGUGAUAACUGGAUUGUAGCUAGUCGUUUAGGUGAAACAGUAUACACUGCAGCAGGCAAAAAAGAACACACACUUACGAAGGAGAUACAAUACAGAUGCGCUAACAUUUCAACAGUAGGUUGAUAGGGCCUCACGUGACUCGGAUAACUAACCGUGGUGAACCGUGGCCGCGUGAAGCCUUUCGUGCACGAUAUCAGCUUCGUCUCGAGUACAAUCUUUAGACGCAGAAGGAAAACGGUACAUCUCACAGAAGUAGCCACAUCACUCAAGAUGGGAGGCCAGCCGUUUCUGCGAGUGCCUGCAUGCCCUGUCUGAUCCCACUGAGUUUUAGGGCUAGCGUCGGACCGUCAGGCUUUCCGUCUAUUGUAUAUGUCUGUUACUCAGGCCAUUUAUUCAAAUAUUCGCUCCUUCUAUUUGUCGUUCACACAAGCUGCGAACACUUUUCGCACAUUUAUUUCGCGUGACACCAAAAACAGGCGUUUGCAUGGAAGUGUAUCGCUUGAGAACGAACCGACCACCACCAAACUCGCAAUGCGGAGAAAAGGUAACCCGCACGCCCGGAGCUGGUGGCGCCAUCUGUCGCAUAGUCAGUGAAGCAGAGAGCCCUUUGCAGCGCUUCGCAUUUUACUAGACUCGUUUUGCAAACCGUUUACAAUACUUUACUCGCAGUGUAUACUUUUUACCAAAAUCGGCAGUUGACACACGAGCUGCACCCAUCCCCAGUUGUAACGUGAUGUGAGGGCCAUCCAAUACUAUCGUUCAGGUUUCAGCUUAAACCGAUGAUUUAUUUAUAGGCUGGAUGGUGCAUUCUUCGCUUCUUCUUCAGGCAGAUCUCUGAGAUAACUGGAAGUAGUGUGCUACGUCCCCGUACGUGCCCCGUCCACGCCCCGCCCCGUACACGUCUCGGGUGCAGUCCAUGUACGCAGACAGAUAGACGUUGGAACACGACACGUCAUAGAGUAGUACGGGUGACCGUUUGGUGGAAAGUAAGAGUCUCCAGGAAAGGAAUCCUGUGGCAUUGCCUUCAGGGGCGGAUCUAAGAUUUUUCCGAAGGGGGAGGGGGAUCCGCUAUGGACAAGUGCCAGGUGCAUGCUGGGAUUGGUCUAUUGAACCCUAUGUUUAAGUCUGGAAUUGAGGGGGGGUCCGGACCCCUGGAACCCCCGCCCCUAGAUCCGCGCCUGAUUGCCUUGUAGUUUGCAGUGUAAAGUGUAGAGAAUUCUUUGCGCACCAUGAUAGCCAUUGUCGAGGAGCAUUUCCGAAAAAUAAUAGAAAAUAACGGGGGACGCAGGUUAGAGAAGGAGAAGAAGGCGCCAUCGUGCUUUCUGUCAAUUACCGAGUGCCGAGACACGACAACAUCCUGGGCAGGCUACUCGACGGGCUGUCGGCAGUUUUUGUGCUGGUAGGUAGAUGUGCCAUCCAGCAUUACAAACAUCGUAAACGGUGAUUUCGAAUGAGCUCUUAGGUUUAACAGGCAGCGCAGUUUGGCCGUACUGCACACAGCAACUGCGCAGCAACUGGUGCGGGCGCUGUUACGUCCCACAACAUCUCCUACACCUGACUCUUCUCUGUCAGACAUUUUUCUGUGGUAACAUUGUCCAGGUUGCGAGAAUAGCUGGGUUAUUGUGUUGGAGGAAAAUUUAAUAUAACGUGGUAAUGCAUACAAGGUUAUUAUUAGUAUUAUUAUUUUAUUUAUUUGUUUACUUUUCCGCGCAGAACUGCUCUCCAUGAAGCUUACUUUCUGUCGUGCCAUCUCGAAUUCGUUCUCAAACGAUACACACUUGACUUUUGAUACACAACAAUCGUCAAAAUACAGCGGAAAUUUCGCCCUCCCGAAACUACAAAAAAAUACUGUCCAGGCAAAGAAUGUUCCCCUGUCGCCACUCUUUCCAAUCGCUCAGAAGCACAAAAGAAUGUUCUGUCUCUCACUCUAGCUCUAACGAAUCUCUUGCUCUCUGUCGCUAUACGACCUUCUACGAAAGUGCGUGUGUGUGCGUGUGCGCUUGUGCAUCACCAGCUACACCACCCACGUGCUUUUCUGAUGAAGUAGAAGAAAAAGAAGCUUCGUUUUUGUGACGAACCUGACAAGCAGUCGCCGUUUCGUCGUCCAGCCACAAGUUUAAAAACAAGAAAUGUCGCCGAAGAAAAACUGACAAUGCAAAAAAAAAAAAAAAAUGCCACUCCUCCACAAGACUGUUGUUGUUUCGCUGUGCAGGACUUGAGAGAUAUCGAGUUUUACGAAACAAAAAACUAUUGAAGAAGAAAAAAUAUCUCCGUGCAACAAGGAAGUUUAAACAAAAUGACACUUCUUUUUUUGGUUACGCAUUGUUCUUCUUGACUCUCUCAAACUCUAUCUCUCUAUGUAUGUCUACUUGAUGUUUUAUUGUUGUUGUUAUCGUUAUGAUUUUUCUUCAUCUCAUGAUGACUGUUUGCCACUGUCGUUGUUUACGAUAGACAUUUUCUCUAGCGAUGUUGUUCUUAACAUCGGGAUGAAUUUUCUGGUUUUGUUUUGCUUUUACUAGGAUGACUGGUGUCCUGAUAUAGCCUAUUGCAAUUUGCGACUAGAAGUUAAGUGAUGAUGGAUGUAUUGGGACAUCGUUCCGCGGUCAGGAGUAAAAUUGCAUGAAGCGCGGCCGUGUGCACGCAGACAUAAUCACUAAUCGAGGCGUGUGAAAAAUAGCGUCCAGCUUGAGGGCGUUAUGGAGGGGGCUGUAGUCUGCUGCUAAAGAGUCAUUGUCAGGUGCGAAAGUAUAGUUUAUUCUACUGUGCCUGUUGUACAAAGCGAGGGCGUAGAUUUUUUUACAUGUGAAACCGUAUGGAAAUCCACUAAUCCGCUUGGGCUGAGUGCCCGGAUGUUCUCUGAAGACAGGCGACGACUGUAGGUUUUUUUAGGUAGGUCGAUGAAGGUUUUCCUUCAAGAAACAAAACAUAAAUAAUGCGUCCCGUAAAGUGCAGAUAAAUAUCCCGUUCAUUGCGAUGCUUCUUAACACCGUUGUUAAAAAUCAGCGCGAAUUUCCAUCCAUAUAGCAUGCAGCGAUUAUUCGUGGCUGUGUAGCUCGCAUUUCUAGUGGUUGCUGUCAGCUCUCUCGUAAAUUACGUUUAUCACUCACUAUUUACUUGUGCGAAAUGUUAACGUUACUUUCUAAGUUGCUCAAUUUAUGAACAAUAUAUACGGUGCUUUAGUAUGGAAGCAGAAUAAGACAAGCUGUAUACAGCAACCUUACUAAUUUAAAAAUAGCUUCGAACUUGUUUUCGGAACGUUUAAAUCUUUGUCGCGAAUAAUUUUGCUCACUAGAGGCGCAGUACAAGUACCGUACACUUGCUGUGGUGUUUGCAGUGCAUGGAGCCCGUUAUCACGUCAGACGGUAAGUAAAGACUAAGUCCAGCAUCAAAACGAUGUCCCACUACAUCCACCCAGAAUUCUUUCUACUGUUCCAAGGUGUUGAAAUAUGGGGUGAUCUCGCACCUCCACUGUUACAGAGAGUCACACACACAGCGUAUUGUAUAGCAUCAGCACAGCCCCCGAACUGUGCAAUGGGCAGAGAGUUAUGCCAAGUGUUUCUGUAGUUGACAUCUUUUUUUUUAAAGAAAUUUGAGGACGAAAAUUUUUAGCGUCGGUGCUGGCACUUGCUGGUAGCUUCUAGCUGGUGUCCUUUACCCGCGUCCUCCACACGUUAAACCCUUCUGUAAAAAAGAAUGCAAAGCAUGAGAGAGCGUAGUUAACAUGCUAAGAAAAAAAAUUCAUUCAGGUUGAGUGUACGCUGCGCUAACGUGCUGGUCGUUACAAACACACAUACACACACAGAAAAAAAAAGUAUGACACACUUGAACGCUUGAAUGUCAAUGGGGAUAUGUUCUACCUCUUACAGCGUCUUCGACAUUUUGUUCGCACAUCGUCCUAGUGUGUACUUGUUGCAAAAUUAGUUCACAGACACGAGCCGUCGGUAAUUGAGGCUUUAGCUUGUGAAUAUUCUAGAAUAGCGUUUAGUGGAAGAAGUACAGAAUGCAAUACUACAAGAAGAAGCAACGAUUUUUGUUUUGUAACAGGUAGAAAACGCGCUUUUAUUGCUGUAUUUUUUUAUUAUUUGCAACAAAGUUGACGGUUCCGACAGUAAAUCAUAAUCCGGAGAAUAUUGAAGGGCGGUGUUUUAAAGGUACGGUAGAGCAGCGGACAGGUACAGUUUAUGUUGACGGCCUUGAUUAACAGCUUUGUUGCUUGUAAACCCGGCGCAACAAGGUACAAAUGUGACAGAGAAGGCUUAAUAUUUUUAAUUUGCUAGCAAGUAAAAGAGCUCAGGGCCCGUGUCUGGUGGCAAAGAAUCCUCAAUUCGUCCAGCAACGAUAAUCCAUGUUGCCAACUGAUUUACUGCCCCCACGGAGUAGAAAGAAGGAGACUGAACUCGACGAGAAACAUCGCCUCUAAUUGGCCGUACAAUUUCCGACCGCCCCGCGGCCCACACACUCUUAAAAAUGAACUUCACCACAUAGCACGCUCCUAGCCAACCAUCGUCCCGAAUGACAACGUUUUCAACAAAUCAGGGGCGAGAACGUUGUCAUUCGGGAUGAUGGUUGGCUAAGAGCGCGCUAUGUGGUGAAGUUCGGCAACUCUGCAGUGACAGCCCUAAAUCUUAAAUCUCGGCCGUCAUCUUUCCUUCAUCUGUUAUCACACCAUAUCAUCUCAUCCUGGCUACAGUCGUGACGCAGCCCACAUACGUGAGGCCAACAACCGCAAGCCGGUUUGUCACCACAACAACCACCACCGCCACCACAUCAUCAUUUCUAAGAGUGCAGGUGCUCUGGGAGGCUGGAUUCCGAAACUAGAAACUUUGACGGAGUGAUAUUAACAAUCUCGUAGUGCUUGAUUGUUGCACACACAAAAAAUUUUAAAGUGUAAGCUAAACGGUACUUGAGCGCACAAGGAAGAACACGCGUGAGUUGCUUUUUUUUAAAUAUUUUUUUAUCGUCGCUAUUGACGGUUUUUAGCUCGAGCUGUCAAAUUCCUUCAAAGUUUCGCAGUAUCGCGCUAUGUUCUCACGAUCUGACAUAUAAAGUUCGCGUGAUUUCACUAAUUCCUGAGUAUUACUGGUACGAGCUACGAAACACUGCAUCGUCAUUUUGAUAGAUAGCUAAGUUUUUCACGAAUUACUCACGUAAGGCAUUCUCCAACGCUUGACAAAUUCAAACGCCGCGCAUACGCAGUUUUGGCGUCAUGAAACCUACGAAACCUUUGGCUACGGCGUCACAUAUCUAGUGUUGUCGUUAAAUCUAACAAUAUAUACACUCAGAACAACCAAAAUAAAGCUGAUGAAGGUUAACACUCCUGAGAAUUUAUAGCCUUAAUUGAUAUCCAACAAGCGAAACACGCAGCGGUUGGAGAACGCUCCAUUAGGAAUUUGUCAGACAUAAUUACUGUACAGACUCAUACCUACGCAUUAUAUUAACAUCACUGUCGAAUCUAGACAAGAUUGUGAGUUUUAGAGUCUAGACGAUUUUUUUUUUUUGAUAAGAACAAACGUUUCUUCUACUUCAGGUGCAAACUGACAUACCCGGACACUUCAAAUGCAAAAAAUCACUCAAUUCUUGCUUAAACACAGUUUAGUUGCACGCAGACAAACAGUAACUACUUUGCGUUCGAUCAAUAAACCAAAAUAUCGCCAAAUUCUCGGUGUCUUGCCACAUUCAAGCUUCGAAUUACCAGCACAACACACAGAUACACAUUGUCAACAAACAUAGGUUGAUUUGACAGCGCUGCAGUAAAAUGUGUCCUCCGUUGGCUAAAGCAAUAUCGAGAAGGAAAUGCGGAAAAAAUAAAUGAGGUAGACUUGAGUGUACAACACGUGGAUCUGAAAUGUCAAAUCUUUUUUAUGUACCAUUGUUUUGAUGAAAACGUUCGCCAAAUAAUGCACGCACUUCCAAGGCAAAAGGUUUCUUUGGGAUAUGACCUCCCAGUGCACGCAAGCGCCGCGCCGCGGCCGGAAAUUAUGCGGCGAAUUAUAGGCCACCGCGUUUCGCUUGGAAAGAGGCGGAGAUUGGACUCCUCCUUUCUACUCCGUGGCUGCUCCUGAUGGCUACGUAGCCGACACGUAGCCAACGUUUGUUUUAGAUCCAUUGUUGUCCGCAUGCAGCGUAGUGAAGUCCGCGCCCGGUGAAUCUUCUGAGAUUGCACUGCUGCUUUUCUUUAAUCCAGUGUUAGCGCCGCGAAGCAACUGUGGCUAUAAGCGGCGACUUCUACUGCUUUACAGUACCUUUAAAGACAGGGAACAACGUGCACACGUUGACAUUAGAGUAAAUGUGAAUUCGAAAGUCAAAAACCGAUGGAAGCUGUAAGAAGGCCGAACGCACAUUUUUUUUUUUUUAGUUACCAAGUAUAUUUUUAUGUCUUCAACUACUAAUUGGUUAUCUAUUCGAGUUAUUGAUGUCCAUACUAUUUUGCUUUCAUACGUGUGUUAAGGAUGUGCUUACCACUCGUGGCAGUUCGCGUACGCCGCAAUCGAAGUUACCAUUUUUUGUUGAAAGAAUCGCGAUAAGUAGACGUUAACUUUUCGGACAUAAGACACACAGCAAACAUGUCACGUUUCCUCCGUGGAAACUUGUAUAAAUUACCAGUCCUGUAAAUACGGUUGAGGCACCAAAAACAAACGUGCAUAGGCAGUCUCAUGAUAUGGUUGUGCGUUUACAACGAAUCUUUCUAGAAGCAGUGUAAUGAUUCCAUUUCAAACUAGACGGCGGAUGAAUGACGAAAGCAUUAACGAUCUGGACCGUUCAAACGACUUAGCAUCCCCGAGGAUGAAGUCAGACGUGCUGUACUUACCAAAAUUUUCGAAAUGCACUAGUCAGUAGGAAUAAUUAAAAUGAGUGAGAUUGAUGUUGUGAAAUCUUCUACUGAGAACUCUUCUUGGUCAAUUCAUUUUUACAGACGUAGGAAUAGCAGAAAUUGUUAGAAAAAAAAAGUGUUAGGAGGCUGCAAGAUGCUGGAAUUCAUAAAAACAAAACACAACUAGAUUUGACAGGCUGAAAUUUUGUUCUUCAGUCAUUAUUCUCUCUCUCUCUCUCUUUCCUGUUUUGAUUCCGUUCCUCUUUUGUUAGUGUGCUAGACGUGCAACAAAGGGACUUAUGAGUACUUAUUGACACAGGCAGUACUUUCUCAAGGGAUGCUAUCGAACUUAUAUGUAGCGGGUAUCAUUUACGAGCUUGUAACAUAUCGCAGUUACGUUAAGUGCGAAGUCAGUCAUAUCAUCAAAAACUGGAUGACCGAGAUAUCAUUACGCAUCAGCCGUAGAAUGUUUUUUUUUUUGUGUUGUGCUUUGGGUUCGCCACCGCAUGAUAAGGCUCUACACAUACAAAAGAACUGAAGGGAUAAAAGGGGAACAGAUAAAGAAGUGCAAGCAGUAGUCGAGGGGAACAAUAUUGCACAGCACAUCAAAUCCAUUAAAAACAGUGAGUGUCGUAGCGGUUGGUAGUGUAUUAUAGGUGGAUUAAACGUCGUCAAGAUAAGAACACACAAAGAAAAACAUGGGAUGUAGUUGCUAACGCGUUUCAGAAACCAUUAUAUGUUUUGACGUUAGUAACUUGGUGGAACGGCUAUUGACAGUGAUAAUGGAAUGGUUGUGAAGUUGUUCGUCUCUUCCCUCUUUUUUCUCUCUCUCUCUCUUCUAUCAUUCAAAGCAACCCCCUUAUCUCUCAUGUAAACUACAAACGGCCCCGCUGAAAAUAAUCGAGAUCACGCACGUGCGAUAUCUUUGUUUAGUUUUUUGUUUUGUUUUGUUUUUUAUUCGUUCGCCAAGAAACAUUGAAUGUGCAUUGGACACUGUGAGAAAUCAGUAAGGAAAAAAAAAGUAGGACACAGGAACAGGAUACACACACAUACACGAAAUGGCACACUUCUUGAUUUGUCCCCAUUCGUUUUCAUUGAACCCGCCGAGAAAAGAGACCCAGUGACUGGUACAUGAUCAAAGUUGCACAGUGAACUGGUAGUGUAAUAAGAAAUUUGUGACUUUUCAGCACUGAUUUACCUUCAUUGCAGCAAAGCAGGCUGUGCUUCGUUACAUUUCUAGUUCUGUGCUCCUUCGAGGUGCUACCGGUAUGUGAGACUCGAUUAGUUACGCUGGCAUUUUCUCAGUUUCAUUUGAGUAUAUACAGUGUCCAUGUAGAGUCUCAACACACCAUAUAGUUAUGUGUCCUAUAGGUCCCACCCCAAAGAUGCUUGUGAUAUGUUCUUUUUUUAUUUAUAUAGACAUAAGUGAUCCCGGCGAUUGGUGAGUUCUAAGAUGUUUAGACACUCAUCUGUCUGUGUACAUGUGUAAAAUAACAGCUGUGGGUCUUCACCGUGUACUACGUUUGAAAGGAGGCGGAGGCAAAAAGCGUUGCCUUAAGGGUACCUUGAAGCAGCAGACAGGUAGUCUACGUUCACGGCGUAGAUUUACAGCUUGAAAACCCCCACAACAGCCCCCACAACAGGUUAUACAACAACAACUUUAUUUCAUGAUGAUGAUGAUGAUUGGGGAGUUUCAUAACAAGUUAUACACGUGGAGACAACACUUCAUACUUUUAAUUUGCUAACAAAAUUGCCGUAAAACGGCUCGGUGCGACGCAAUGCCCCGAGGAAUAUACGGUUGGAAAUAAUGCCCCGUUCGUCUAGCAACAGUGAUUCGUGUUCCCGACUGAUUUGCUGCUUCUGAGGGCUACGUAGCCGACAUGCAGCCAGCUCGUUUCGUUUUAGACCCAGUGUUGUCCGCAUGCAGUAGUUUCGCAGCCGUACUUGACGAGCAAUGCCACUCGCCACUGCCAAUGGUGACCGCUUCGACACAAUGUUGCCCGCAAUUUUCAAUUUUAAGUAUCUAGAAAACGAUCGGUGCAAUAUUGUGACGAAAUUUGUGACGUACGAGUACGACUGCUCAGGCUAUCGAAUUGAUAAAAGCUUUUUAGAUUGAACCUCUACUGCUUCACCGUACCUUUAAUUUUACGGAGAAUGUUCGAUGAAACAAAAAAAGCAAAAGGUGUACGUUUUCCAUUUUAGGGAUAUGCAAUGAACGGUGCUGCACGCGUGGGCGAGGCAAGAAAGAGAAGGUGGUGUCAAGAGUGUGAACUUCUUUUGCUCAAUCCGCCAUUUCUAGCCACACCAUUUUUUCUCGUCUCAAUGUAUGCAACUGUGUGUAGCGUAAAUGUGUGGCACGGCAAGUGUGGAGAGGGAAAUUACAUAAUCGUACUGGUUGGUCGUUGACGCAUGCGUCACCAAAUGCUGGUCUUCAUGUUGUUGUUUUUCUUCUCGGACAUUUAGUUGUUUUCGUCAGCCGAACAAAAAGAAAUUGGGCAUUGGGGCAUGAUUGAUUGACUGAAAGAAAAGGACACGAGGGCAUAAAUGGUAAUUUCCCGUCGUCUGCUCCGUAAUGUUGAGGCGCAAGCCGCUUUUCGUGUUUCUAACGUCGGUUUCAAUUCUUGAUAAGAGAUGGAGUGACGUGGUUCUAUGAAAUAAGCUCUGAUGGCAAUAAAGAAUCAGCUUUUGAAAUAGAUGUUCUUAAGCCUAACGUGGCGGCGUUUUCGAAGCAGACGACGGUAAAUGAGAUAGAACAAACGAAACUUGUCUAGCUGCGGCAGGAAAAGAAAAUGUCGACAUCGAGUACGGGGACGUACUGGGUUUGUGCUCAGAGAUUUAUCGUUUUCUAUUUCGAAAAAAAAAAAAAAAGAUUGGCCGCUACUUAAUUGUCCAUGUCUACGUGUGCGUCCGUGUGUUUAGCACAUAGGCUUUGAGCAACUCAGCAGGUCUUGUCAGAAACAUCAUAAUGGCGUUUGUGACGCAAAAAUAUAAAUUUAUGAGAUUACAAAAAAUCAGAAAUUUCCCACAAAAUCAUAAAACGCCAAAGAAGCGUCCGUAGUAUCCUAGCUAACUGGAAUCCGCGCAAAAAUUGAGCUUCAAAGCACCCUUUCUCCGUGCUACAAACACGCCGCUUCAAAAUUUCUGCAAUAAAAGCCCGAAUUCUUACAUAAGAAUCUGUGCUUAUGGUGCGACUUACGACUCAGAUUUGAGAAAGGAAAAGUAAAGUCGUAAUUACUGGUUAGUGCGAGCCCUCCUGCCGCACUACACACUACGGAGUUUUAGUACAUCGUACCCUGUCGCCUUUGCGUACGUAAGGGAUAGCGUGGUGGCUCUGCGCAAUGCGCCAAGCUCUGUUAAUGUAUUGCGCGUGCGCAGAACAAACAACACUAUACCUUCCGUACGCAAAGGCGACAGCGUACGAUAUGCUAAAACUCACUAUUUAACACCGCCACAGAAAGGUACAUAAACUUCCACUAGGACGCUCACCACUGGAUGCCCAUGUAUACGCCACUGUGUCAUGACUGUGUUCAACUGAUGGACUGCAUUCCUAGAAAUCUUCGUGUAACAUAAAAGAAACACCAAGAGUGAUUAUUUCUUUUUGCGCAAGCGUCGGUUGAGUAGAGUCUUUUGGUGGCCGAAACUCGUCGAAUACCAGUGUAGAUACUUUGUAGAUGUAAAUACGGCGAACACUUCGCAGAUCCGUUCAAGGAUCUUCGAGAUCGCACUAAGAAAACGCUCCACUUGCGUACCUGUUACAGUUGUGAUUCGAUGUUAGCCUAGUAUCCCCUAGACUUCCUCUGUGCAUGUAGGUUUAUUGCAUCCACGUUGUGUUGUUAGAUAGAUGGGUACCUUCCGUUCACAUUAGCGGUUUUGUAGUUGGCUGUUUACACGCGCGGGAAAGCUGAACCUCUAGAACUUGGUUUGAAUUGAACUCGGAUGAUAAGGACCCGGUGGUUUUUGUCCUUCUCUGUGUUGUGACCGUUGUUGAAUGUGUGGCGCCUAUCGUGAUGUUAAUGGACCGGAUGUUUCUUCACAGAUAUCAUUCCUACUCUCCAUAUUCGGAUAGUCGUAAUGUUUCGAAGUAAUUCCAUUACUGGACAAUAAUCUUUGCGCAUGAGCGAACUCAUUUCGUAACAUUGGAUCCUGGAUUUGAUAUUACGACGAUGAGACUGAAGUUAAAUGUAGCCAGCCAAAAUUAAUAGCGUUUUGCUGCGGGCAACGAUAGAAAAAUCGACUAAAAUAGUUUCCUAUUGAUAGUGGUAAUUACGUGUAAUAUUAAAACAAAACAAGAAGCUUGCCGUUCAGCGCGAAAGAUUAUUUUGUAAACAGAAUUAACUUCUGAAAUGAAAAUCAUUUAAGAGCAUUCAGAAUAAUUACUCGAUAUUUCCUACAAAAGGGCGCGGUGCAGCAUCUACGAACGUCAGCGAAUAAGGGUCAUUCAGAAUUUUGCUUGUUCAUUCACACUCUUAAAAUAGGACUUCGUCACAUAAGAAAUUAUACCGUUGUCACUCAGCAUUUGUGAAACGUCACACGUUCUGCAAACAUCGCGAAUGGCGCGUCUUAGGCAGCGUCACUUGUACAUAUCCAUCUGUAACUGCAUGCUUCAUGCACCAAGCUAGAGACUGCAAUCAAACUUUUACUAUACAUAUAGCAUCACGAACUAUGUAACUAUGUAGAGUGCUCAUUUCGUGCUCUAUCUCUCAACAGUACAACCUUUCUUCGAGUACGUUUCGUGCCGAGGCUUUUCCACCUUGGUCACGUGUCCCUGCCAUGUGAAAAAAAAAAAAAAAAAACUGCGGACGGCGUCCCCUUUUUGAAUACUGGCCUUCUUCACACUUUCGCCAGCAUUUGGUGGCGCAGGGUCACGAGAACCACCUCAUCGAGUAGCGCAUAGCCACUCGGUCCAGGCGUUUAGAUGAAGGAACAACAAUGGCGUCUGACCAGAGAGUGACGCCCUCAAUGUUCGUCUCUCUGGUCUUUUCACAAAAUAGUGGUGGCAAGUGCGUCCGAAGUAACGACAUAUUGGUCAGAAAAGUUGUAGCUGGCCAUUUUGUAACCGGGUUAUGCCUUCGAGCUCGUUAGAGGAAAGAAAUGACGGUACUCUUCCAGUGCAGUGAGUCCACGCCCCGGAGAGCAUGUAUUACUUGCCAAUCGCCGUUUUACUUUUAAGGACCCGUAUUUCUGUUCUUUUUAAAGAGACACUGAAUGUACAAUGUCACUGUAUGUAGUCUUCUAUGUACAUAAAUCAGUCCCGACACAUAUGCAAAGAAAAGGAGACCGAAAAAUGUGUAGGCAUUUUUGCGGAAACCUGUUCUAUAAAUAGAGUUAUCCACUCAUGUAUGUAUAGCACAUUAUGAAAGAAAUGAAUGAUGCUGAGACAAAAGAUAUGUGCUGACAAAUCAAAAUGUGGAGUAACUGACAGCACUGUUCCCUGUUGUUUUAUUUCUUUUUUCUUUUUUUACUUUACCAGACUCGUCAUCUGUUACACACUCAUGUAUGUACAUAAAAUGUUUCUGUUUCAAAGGAAAAAAAGUGUGCUUUGAAAACGAAAUGCGGUACGGAUGAUCACAUCAACUUCCGGUGUUACAUAGUGUGUGCUGCCUGGCAACAAUGUGCUCUAGGAAAAAAAAACAACUGACCUUGUGAGUAGAAUGGUUCGAGCUCUCCUCACGUGACACUUGAAAGCGUGGUUUUACCAAUAAAAAACUGUGUCGUCGAUCUUG